CAGCCUCGCCCAAAUCUGCAGGCUGCUUCUCGACUAAACACCAACCGAAAGUGAAAGUAAACGCGGCUGUGUUUUUGAAGAAGGUACGCACUGGAGGACGAAAAGCAAGGGUAAGUUAGUUUGAUACUAUUUAAAACCCUAUUAAUAUCUAAGAGCUAUGGAAGAGAUAAAGAAGAGAAAGAGAUCUUCAUCUCCACAACUCAGUACCGAUUCCAUUUACCAAACCCCUGAAUUAAGUGAUGGAUCGAUGACCUCUGACCCCAGGAAGCAGAUUAAAGCCCCAUCUCCAGGACCCAGCUGUGUAUCUUUGAAGAGUAUGAACUCCAUGUAUCAACCUCCUCAAUUUAGUGAUGGAUCAAUGACCUCUGACCCCAUAAAGCAGAUUAAAGCCCCAUCUCCAGGACCCAGCUGUGUAUCUUUGAAGAGUACAGACUCUCAAUUCAGUGGAGGAGCAGUGACCUUUGACCCCAGUGGUAAGGGAAAUGAUCAGAUCCAGGUUUGCUCAAGGUUUACUGGUUCUGCUCAGUGUGAUAUGGACCACCUACCCCAGCUGGAGAAGACUGGAGACCUGCACCAACUGGAUUCCCAGCAACCAGAUGUUCUGGCGAGCAUCAAAGACAAACACAAAACCAGCAUGAGGAUCAAGUAUGAGAGUUUAUUUGAGGGAAUCAAACUACAAGAGAAUCAAACCCUCUUGAACAGGAUUUACACACAACUUUACAUCAUAGAGGGAGAGAGUGAAGGAGUGAAUGAGGAACAUGAAGUUUUACACAUGGAGAAAAGUUACAAGACACGUCAAAACACUUCAAUCAACUGUAAUGACAUCUUUAAACCUAAACCAGAAUGUGGGGAAGAGCCAAAUAAAAAGAUAAAGACUGUUCUUACUAAAGGCAUCGCUGGAAUUGGCAAAACGGUGUCUGUGCAGAAGUUUAUUCUGGAUUGGGCAGAGGGGUUGGCCAAUCAGGAUGUAGAUUUCAUGUUUGUGCUUUCAUUUCGAGAGAUGAGCUUAAUAAAAGAUGAUCAGUACAGUCUUCGCAAACUUCUGCUUGUCUUUCAUCCUGAACUUCAGGAUCUGGACUCAAAGAUUUAUGACGAGUGUAAAGUUGUUAUUAUCUUGGAUGGUCUGGAUGAAAGCAGAAUUACACUGAAGUUUAAAGACAGUGAAAAUGUUUCUGAAGUAACACAGAUGUCAUCAGUUGGUGUGUUGAUGUCAAAUCUGAUCAAAGGAGAUCUGCUUCCCUCUGCUCACAUCUGGAUCACCUCCAGACCAGCAGCAGCCAAUCAGAUCCCUUCUGAAUACAUCAACCGUGUGACAGAAAUCCAAGGAUUCAAUGAUCCUCAGAAAGAGGAAUAUUUCAGGAAGAGAAUCAGUGAUGAACUUCAAGCCAACAAAAUCAUCUCACACAUUAAAGGAGCAAGAAGCCUUCACAUCAUGUGUCACAUACCAGUCUUCUGCUGGAUCUCAUCUACUGUGCUUCAAAACAUCCUGAAACAAGAUCACAGUGCAGAAAUCCCUAAAACUCUCACUGAAAUGUACAUACACUUCCUUCUCAUUCAGAUAAAUAUGAGUAAUCAGAAGUAUGAAAUGAAAGAAGUGAGAGAUUCAGCAAAACUUCUGCAGUUCAAUAGAGAAGUAAUUGUGAAACUGGCUAAACUGGCGUAUGAACAGCUGAAGAAGGGCAAUGUGAUGUUUUAUGAGGAGGAGCUGAGUGAAUGUGGGAUAGAUAUCACUGACGCCGCAGUGUUCUCUGGGAUCUGUACUGAGAUUAUUAAAGAGGAAUCUGUGAUUUAUCAGAGGAAAAUCUACUGCUUCAUACACCUGAGCUUUCAAGAGUUUCUCGCUGGAUUCUAUGUGUUUUACUGCUUUAUAAAUAAAACUUCUGGGGCUCUGAAAGAAUUUGAUUUACUUGCUAAUCUCUAUAAGGGGGUGAUUGACUCCGCCCUUCACAGUGAGAAUGGACAUCUGGAUCUUUUCCUCAGAUUUUUGUUGGGCAUCUCGCUGGAGUCCAAUCAAAGACUCUUACAAGAUCUGUUGAUGCACACAGAGAGCAGUUCAAAGAGCAUCCAGAAUAUCAUUGCUCACAUCAAAGAAAAAAUAAAAAAUGAGCAUGAUAUUUCAGCCGGCAGAUCCAUCAAUCUGUUCCUCUGUCUGCUGGAAAUGAAUGAUCAGACUUUAUCCAAGGAAAUUCAAGAAUAUCUGGAAUCGACGAAAUACACAGAAAAUAAACUCUCUGCAUCACACUGCUCAACAAUAGCGUACAUACUUCAGGUGUCAGAGAACGUGCUGGAGGAGCUGGAUCUUAUAAAAUACAACACAUCACAGGAGGGAAGAUGGAGGCUGUUACCAGCUGUGAUGAACUGCCGAAAAGCUCUUCUUGCUGGCUGUGAUCUCAGUGAUCAGUGUUGUGAAAUUGUGGCUUCAGCUCUACAGUCUUCAGAUUCCCUCCUGAAAGAGCUGGAUCUGAGUAACAAUGACCUGCAGGAUUCAGGAGUGAAGAUCCUCUGUGAAGGACUCAAGAGUCCAAACUGUAGAUUGGAGAUACUGAGAUUAUCUGGCUGUAUGGUGACAGAUGAAGGAUGUUGUUAUUUGGCUUCAGCUUUGAGUUUAAAUCCCUCACACCUGAGAGAGCUGGAUCUGAGCUACAACCACCCGGGAGUCUCAGGAGUAAAGAUGCUCUCUGAAAGACUCAAUGAUCCACACUGCACACUAGACAAACUGAAUUUAGAUCAUGCAGGACAUUUCAGAAUCAUACCAGGACUACGAAAAUAUUAUUAUCAUCUUACACUGGAUCCAGACACAGCAAACACUCGUCUUGUUCUGUCUGAGAGGGGGAGAAUGGUAGAACGUGUAGAAAAGGUUCAGUCGUAUCCUAAACAUCCAAACAGAUUUAAGGACCAGGAGCAGGUUAUGUGUAAAGAGCGUCUGUCUGGACGCUGUUACUGGGAGGUUAAACGGACUGAAGGGGCUUACAUAGCAGUCACAUAUAUAGGAAUUAGAAAGAAAGGAGGAAGUGACUGUAGAUUUGGAUGGAAUGAUAAGUCCUGGAGUAUUUUCUGUUCUUCUGACAGAUUUACUGUUUGGCACGAUAAUAAAACCCCAGACAUACAUCAUGUCCCAUCAAAGUGUGACACAGUCGGAGUGUAUCUGGAUGAGCCGGCCGGCAUUCUGUCCUUUUACGCCAUCUCUGACACAAACACACGCACAGACAUACACACAUUUCACACCACAUUCACUAAACCUAUCUAUGCUGGGUUUGCCGUUUAUGGUUCAGUGUCUCUGUUAGAUUGAACAGCUUGCAUUAUUAACAGAAGAGAGAGAAUGAUAUGUUGUAUAAAGCAGCUGUUUUGAAAACACUAGAUUUGAAUAAUGUAUUCACUUGUGAAUUAAUUCACUAGGGGUGUGACAUUUCACUGGUUUUCUUGAUCCAUCGAUUACAAAUCCUGCCGAUUCAAAAAAUAACAUUUAAGAUUGUUCCAUGAGUUGAUUAACUUUGUUAAUAGUCGAUCUAAAAACUAAGAAUCAAAUGAAUUGAGAUUCCAAAAGUAUGAACAUUAAAUUAAUUCAGCACCUUUCAUAACAUCUGCGCUAUUGAUUAUGGCGUUACUCUUUGACUUUCACUUGUUAGAUGUAAUUUGCACGCACACAAUAUGUUGCUUAACUUUAUGCACAAUUGAAAAUGAAAAUUCUUCACAUUUGAAUGAUUUUAAUGUAAACGCUAACCUGUUAUAUAUUAUGAUCCAAAUACAAAAGCAUCAUGAAUUGUUUGUUGCGUUGUUGUAAAGGGGCGGUCACACCACACUUUUCUUUUCAUUUACUUCCAUUCAUACGCAUGCAAAUACGUCACACCGGAAACGCAAGCUUGUGCGAAAAUGUUUUGCAGUAUGCUAGGUACUAAAGUUCAUGUGACCAGGGGAAAACCAGUGCAUCACUGCGUGACCGUUUUCUCUACUCUAAAGCAAAGAUGGAUGAAGCGCUUCCCGCCCAUAUUCCUCUGAAAACACACACACACACACACACACACACACACACACACACACACACACACACACACACACACACACACACACACACACACA